UUUCCUUCUAUUUGGCUCAGGGUAAAAGCAUACCCUGGGGGCAGCGACACGCAUCUGGCAGGGACUGAAAGGUUUUAAUCCAGCCUCUACUGCAAUCAACAAUGGCAAAUGAACCGGUGAUUCUGAAUGUUUAUGACAUGUACUGGAUAAAUGAAUACACUUCCACCUUGGGGAUUGGUGUCUUCCACUCUGGCAUCGAGAUCUACGGCAGAGAGUUUGCCUAUGGAGGGCAUCCCUACCCUUUCAGUGGGAUUUUCGAGAUCACACCUGGCAGUGCGGUAGAACUUGGCGAGACCUUUAAAUUCAAAGAAUCCAUUGCCUUGGGCACUACAGACUUCACAGAAGAAGAUGUGGAUAAGAUUAUGGAAGAGCUGGGCAAGGAGUACAAAGGCAAUGCGUACCACCUGAUGCACAAGAACUGUAAUCACUUCUCUGCUGCUCUGGCUGAGAUACUUUGUGGGAAAGAGAUCCCCCGCUGGGUGAACCGCCUGGCCUACUUCAGCUCGUGCAUCCCCUUCCUCCAGAGCUGCCUCCCCAAGGAGUGGCUGACCCCAGCAGCCCUGCAGAGCCACAUCAGCCUUGGUCUCCACAAGGAGGAGCAGGGGGACACAACGGAUGAGGAGUCCCCCUCCACCUCUGCAUCCCCCUCAGCCUCAGGCACAUCGCGAACCUGUAGACAUACCCGGGUCUAAACUGUGCCCAGUAUGCCCUCAAAUAACAUCCCCCUCUCUCUUGUACUAUUUCUUUCUCACACCCUUUCGCACACCUUGGUUUCUCUCUUCUCUUCGACGGACAACACAGGGGAGGGAAGACCCUUUCUACUAAGGAGGUGAAACUUCAGUCCCUUUUCCAAGGGCUGCCACUACAGUUGCUCAGCAAAAUGACUGUGAGCCCCAACGCUAAACUGAGGAGUGUGGUGACUAAACUGGAUUCUCCUCCCAGGGCCCCUGUGCUCCUCGAUCCAUGGAGAACUGCUGGCUCUCUCAGGCAUGAGAGCGUGCGUACGGGCAGGGGGGCACCAUACUGUGAUGUUCCUUCUCUGGAACUGUUUUACCUUUUUAUCUCUUCCCCCACCCAUGUGAGCCCAGCAGCCUCCUCUCUAUUUUGGCUGGGUUUGCCAUUUCCCUAUGACAAAUCUCCUGCCCACACCCAGUGAAGGAAGCAGAGCCAGAACUCAACCUUCUCAUCUCUUAGACCAGCAACAAGCUCCACUCAGCUCCAUCCCUUUUGUAAUUAUCAGGUUUAUAACUCAUGUGAAGGACAAAUGAAAGGUGCUGCUGUUCUACAACCACCAGUUUUCAGUACUCAAAUUUAAGAGCUCGAAUGACUGUCCUGCUCUUGAAAAUCAUAACAAAGAACCUAGAAAAUGAAUGUGUUACCACAACUUUUCUUUGGGGUCAAAAAGAGGAUGGGGCUAGUGCUUAGAGGCAGCCACUAAGUAGGUGCAGAGAUGACUGUUGAUCAUUUUGGUGCUUUUUGGCACAGAUCCCUCUCAGUUCCCCUAAUUCUGGGCAGCAUUCCUGGUCUCCUUUUUUUCCCCAGACUCCCUGGGGAAUUUCUCUCCUAGCUGAGAUUUACUGGCUGUCUUUGGGGAAAUGGCACAAGGAAGAGGACAGAGAAUCUGUUAGGAACAGCAGUAUUUCCUUCAGCUUUUCCUCCUGCACUCACAGACCUAAAAUGUGGCUCCAGAGCUGCCCUUCCCCAGCCUAUUUUCGAGCCAACCCAAGAAGGUAAAAAAUAAGUGGUGAACCCAAAGAAUGUCAACCUGUUUCCUUCUCCUCCCUUUUUGGAGGUGGAGGGGGAAACUUAGGGCCACAUCUGGAAAGCAUGGAUGACCCUUCCAAAGCAUGGGUCACCAUGGUGCCUUCCGUUGUGUGCAGUAUUUCAGUGGCAUGAAAAAUGGGCACUGCUGGCUCACUGGCCUCUCCAAGCUGGCUCUUGACAAGAAUCUGGUCCUUGGAUGUAUUUAUGCUCAUUCUGACAGGUGACAAGAAAGCAGAGGAGGAGGAAAGGACCACCAACUCUUCCACUCAAUUACCUCACUAGGAGUUCUAGUCAGAAGAUGUUGGAGAGAAUCGAAGGGGAAAUCCAGGCCCCCUCUCUCUCUUGCAACUCCUCUUGGCUACACAGAAGUGGAUGAAAAAGGAACAGGCAUGGUGUUGAGAGGGGGUUGCCAUUUUAGAAAUGUUGUUCUCAACAGCUACUACCAAGUCAGGACUUCGACUCUCCACCUAGAAAGAACUAUAAGCCCUCAAGAUAGGUGGUUGUUUCCUUUUAUUGGUCACAAUAGCAUGCUAAGUCCAACCAGCUGUUUCUUUAGCUCAGGUAUACAGAAAUGUGUGUUAUCGGGGCUGAAGGUCUUGGCUGUGAUGUACAUCAUGUCUGCACAGGCAGCGCUUAAUGGUUAGUUACAUGUGCAUGCUCUUAGUGAAGCAGGAGGCUUUGGAGAGAUCUGUUAGAUGGAAAUAUAACUCACAGGAUGGCCUCACUCCACUGCCUCCUGAAGUGAUGCGUGUUUGGGCAACAAAACCUUUACAACAAACCUCUCAUUUUAAUCCUCUGAACAAACUGCUGCAAGUUCUAUACUGAACUAAAGUCAAGUUCCUUAUUAACCUUGACUCCUCACAGCCCAUACUGCAUUCUGAGCAAUUCUGCAGCUCCUGGUAUCCAGUCCAGCACCAAUCUUGAUUACGCUGGCUUGUCCAGGGAUGUUUAAUAAGAUUUCCAUCCUGUUCUCCAUCCCGCUGCCCAGAAAGCAUGUUACACAAUGCACCCUUGCACUUUCUAUUCCCCUGCAGUCAUGGUCAUUGCAGCCUAAACCAGCAGUGCAAGCUUCAUUUGUCUGAAGUUCCCAGGGUGCCUGCCAAUAGCCAGCAGCACAUUAUGUGCAGAGAAUUUUAAAAUCUUUUUUUAGGUCCUUCUCUGGAGGAAAGUGAGAAGAGGCUUUCCCAGAGAUUUUGUCCAGGCCAGGGAAACUGCAGUCAGGAACACCUAGUUCCUGAUGUGACAAAAGCCAGCCAGCCAUCGCCCUUGUGUUUCCGCUCUGCACCUGAGCUCCAGAUAAAGCACCAUGUAUACAUCUAGGAGAGAAGUAGGGCUCCAGAGGCACAUUCACACAGAAAACCCUCUCACAGUAUUUCACAAAGUAAAAAACGCUUAACUGGCUGUAUGGUAACCCGCACAAGAAAGCUCCAUUCAGCCUCCUUGGGGACGUGAAUAUGUGCUUGAAGUAUUGGGAACUACACUUGGGGUGAGUUGUCAAUGUCAUAAAACCCAGAUGUUUGUUUAUCUAUUUUUAUGUUUGUCCAUCUGUUUAUGGCAGUUGGGGUCACAUCAAGGAGGCAUCAAACCUCUGUUGUAAAUCAAAACCAGAAUAUAUUCCAAUCUUCAAAAGCGUUUCUCCCCACCCCUCUCUGUUCAAGGUGGCUGACCAACAAUGACAAGAACAAAGGGACACUGUGGAAAUAAAAUAUAUAUUGAUGAUAGCUUUACCUCUGUAAUUUAACAGCAUUUUAGAUUAUUAAAC